CGCAACAACGCUGCGUAACGACGUUAUUAGGACGUUGUUGCACUGUGGCUAAAAGUUAGCUAACGUACGUGUGUGUUAUUAACUACAACAGGACUGUCGUCUUUUAUACACAGGCAUCUGUGAAGUAGAUAAUCGUUUGCUCUCGUCCUCUGCCCGCGUUAGUGGUUUAAAAGCCUCAACUGGUGUUUGGACUAAAAGACUAACGGGCUCCACAAUGGAGGGCAGCGCCAGCGUGAGGAAAGCGUUGUCCGGGACUCUGGUGCCUUCGGCAGUGACUACUGUGGCUCUCCGACAGCCGCCUGUGGAGAAGGGCAAGUUCCAGAGAAAGGUCCUUGACGAAGAGGACUACAUUGAGAGCUUAGAGAAGAUCAUCCAGAGAGACUUCUUCCCAGAUGUUACAAAAAUGCAAGCGCAGAAAGACUAUCUGGAAGCAGAGGAAAGUGGAGACCUUGAGAGAAUGAGAGAGAUAUCAAUCCGAUAUGGAUCCUCUUUGACAAAGUCCACACCACGAUCUUCAGCACCCUAUGUGACUCCAGCUAGUUUUGAGACACCAGUGGGAGGCUCAGCAUCUCCUUCAUCCACUCAUGGCGGUAAAGGUUUGGAGAAGGAACACAAAGAUGAUGACGACAAUGAAGAGAAAGAGCUGCCUUGUCUGGAUCGUUUCCUUGCUAAAAAUACCAGUGAGGAUAAUGCAUCAUUUGAACAGAUAAUGGAUCUAGCAAAAGACAAAGAGAAGCUUAAGCAUGCUUGGUUAUAUGAGGCAGAGACUGAGUUCAAACAGCGCCACGAAGAGAACCUUGCUUUACCAUCAGCAGAGAAGGCUGCACUACAGUGUGUGAAAGCUGGACUGGAGACAUGGGAGUACAAAGCGAAGAAUGCUUUAAUGUAUUAUCCAGAGGGUGUUCAAGAUGAUGAUGCUGUGUUUAAGAAACCACGGGAGGUAGUUCACAAGAACACACGCUUUGUUGGCGACCCAUUUAGCAAAGCUCUCAACAAAAGCCAGAUUCAACAGGCUGCAGCUCUCAAUGCACAGUUCAAACAGGGUAAAGUAGGCCCAGAUGGGAAAGAGCUCAUCCCACAUGAAUCCCCAACAGUGAAUGGAUAUGGUUAUGAAAGAACACCUUCCCCUGCACCUGGUGUAUCUGAGUCACCUCUGAUGACAUGGGGAGAGAUCGAGAGCACCCCAUUUCGUCUGGAUGGAUCCGACACCCCAUAUGUCGAGAGGAAUCACGGCCCUUCAUUUAAGAUUCCAGAGCCAGGAAGAAGAGAGAGGCUGGGUUUAAAGAUGGCCAAUGAAGCUGCUGCCAAGAAUCGUGCAAAGAAACAGGAGGCACUGCGAAAGGUUACAGAGAAUCUUGCAAGUCUUACUCCAAAAGGUCUGAGUCCAGCCCUCACCCCUGCCCUGCAGAGGCUUGUAAAUCGGACAUCUAGCAAGUACACGGACAAAGCACUCAGAGCAAGUUACACCCCAUCUCCCUCACACAGAAUUACUGGCUCCAAGUCUCCGUUUGUUGGUCCAUCCACUCCGUCAGGAACACCAACACCAAACAAAGCCACAAAGACACCAAGCUCUCAGGACCUCACAUCACUGACAGACAAUCUGCUACAGCUUCCCAAGAGACGGAAAGCUUCAGACUUCUUCUAAGAAAAGCAGUUAUUUGCUGAAGACUUGACUCCCUAUAGUGUGGAGAACCCCAAAAAAGUCUUCAUACCCAGAUUAAAGCGUCUUCAAAGAAAUGUACAGUGAACUGAAGAUUUUUUUUAAAGACUUGUAAAAUGUUUGUGUAAUAGCCUAAUCUCUAAAAUAUAAUGCCCUAAUUCUAUUUAAAUCUUUGGUUAUCUUAUUUUUGAUAUGUUUUUUUUUAAUGCAGGCUAUAGUUUUCACUUGUGUUUUAGUUGUGACAUUCCCACCAACGAAGUAUCUAGUAGCGUACUGCCCAUAUUCUUUACAAGCUGCUGUGAUAUUUGUUGAUGUUUUUUUUUUUUUUGCUGCUACCCUACAACUGAUUUCCCCAAAGUAAACUUCUGUAACGGUGUAGAUUUGGGAAAAUUAAAAAAAACUUGCAUUCGCUCACUCACUGACAGUGACUGUAGAAUGAUGAAUGUUUUAAUCUUUGAGUGGAAAAGUGUUUCAGGAAGAGCUGGGCCCAAGAUCAUAAAACCUGCUGGCAUCUUUGGUCUUUAAAGUUAUGUAAUAUGGGGUGCAAUGGGAAGACAAGCUUAUUAGUAUUUCUAUUCGACAUCUUACUGUUAGAAUAACACAUUUUCCCCUGUCUUCUGUUUGUACAUAUGACUAGUCAUAUUACUGAGUUGAAACUACAGUCAAUAAGAGACCCAGCAUGCCCGCAGGCUGUUGUUUUGUAGCUUAGAAGUUACAGGGUACCCUGAGACUCAGUUUUAUGUCAGAUGAUGUUAUUGCGUUGUCUGCAUGUGUUUUGUUAACCUUAUGCCCUUCUCAGGGGAAUCGUGGUUCAUGCUAUGAGCCAACUGGCAAACCAGUAUGUGAAGCUUUUAAAGUGUCUAAUAGUAAUACUUGAAGGUUCAUGUACACAUUGAAAGAAUGAAUCCUUCUGUUUAUAGCGACAACAAAGCCUGGUGCAAUAACACUGAAAGCUCUACAGUAGCUCUCCUGUGCAAAAGCAGUCAAUCACUCAAGUGAGUAGCUCCCCAGAAACAGGCUUUUUCCCCAAGGCAGAGUUUUAUUCAUAUGGUGUGGCAGAGAAAAUGUAUUUAACUCAGAAGAUAAAAACUUUCACUGAUGGUUAAGGCCGGUUAUAUAAUGAUGCUGACUUUAUUAUGUAAGGACGUGAAUGAAUAUUAUUAAUGUCAAGUAAGUCUGAUUAAGAUGCUUAUCUGAAGAAUAAUGACAUAGCAGUAGAGCGAAGCAGUGAUUUGGAUGAGUCAGCCAAAGAGGCAGCUUCAGAUGCUGUUAGAUGUUUGUACUGGUUGUAAUUCAGGACUUUUUUAAUUUUUGUUUCAUUUGCAGUGUGGGAUUUGACCUGUGGCCCAGUGGUUGUCUCACUUGUGAUGAUGGUUUAACAAAUCAUGAGCAUAAUGUACGUGCUUUAGGCCUGAAUAUGGUCGCAUGACAUAAAACAACUUUUCCAGUAAAAUCUAGUCUGUUGACCAUAAUCAGAUCUAGAUAUUAAUCUCAAAACUGAUUUCGCCUGCUGCAAUAAUUCCUCUUAAUACUAAGAUCCUCCUAUUCAGAGGUGUUUUUUUCCACAGAACAUGGGACUGUGGAUUUCAACAAUAAAAUUGACUGUAUGGAAUAGCUCAUGAAAGUCUAAAGGAAUAAUUACAACUAACAAAACAUUUAGUGUUACUGUUUUCAAACAAGCCUGGGAAAAUGUGAACCAGCCCUUCAGGAUUUAAUGUAGAAUCACCUGUUAUAUUAAUUGCUCUUUUUUACCUACAGGAAAUACAAGAAUGAAUAUAAAAUAGAAUAAAUGAUAUAAUAAUAUAAUAAAUCUUCUCAUUCAAAAGAGUAAA